AUGGAUAAUAGACGGUACCGCCAAAAUAGAGCCGGCUUGAUAACCCUACUAGUGGUUUCCGCCGUGGUGGUAGCUGUUGUGGUGCCUGUGUCUGUCUAUUUCGGGGCGAUCCAGACGUCAAGAAGCACCGAGCCAUCCGAGCCAAGACCUAGAACUUCUAGGACAUCUACGGGGACAGCAACAUCAGCGGUGCAAACAUUAGAUGUGGGAUCAUCAACACAAGUCGUACGGACGACUCUAACGACGGUCACUCGAGGCUCAUCGACUACAACAGAAACAUCCACGUCAUCAUCUGUAGGAUCUACGGUUCCAGAACAAGAUCUCGAGGAGAUCCAGAGAGUACUUCUACGCCGUCACAAUGAGCUCCGGGGCCUUCAUGGAUCUCCCAACUUGACAUGGAACGACGAGCUCACAAGGUUCGCAGCCAAUUACGCAGCCAACAACUUCAGUUGUGACAAUGUUCAGUUGAUCCACUCCGGUGGACCUUACGGCGAGAACUUGGCUGCCGGAUACCAGGGAGGAGAGUCACCGGUGAACGCAUGGUAUGAUGAAAUCAGCCUCUACAACUACAACGAUCCAGGAUUUGCCGAAGCGACGGGACACUUUACCCAGUUGAUCUGGAACACCACUUUGGAGCUAGGGUGUGCCAUAGUGAACUGUAAUAAUGCUUGGUCACAAUACACCAUCUGUGAGUAUUAUCCGAUGGGAAAUAUUGUUGGAUCUACACGGGAGCGAACGCAAGAGUUGUUCCGACAGCAUGUGCCGCCUCUACUAGACAGUUAG